UUGUCGCUACCCGUACAUGUUCCCUCUCGGUUGUCUGGUAGAGAAUCAGAAGAUGGCUGAAGCUCCCCCACGGCCCUGCCGGUUUUUCUGUCACCGAUGUUCAGCAGAGAUCAACCCUCGUCUCCCGGAUUACACCUGUCCACGGUGUGAAUCUGGCUUCAUUGAAGCGCUAUCAGUGGAGAGAAGCACUGAAAAUGGGUCCACAUCCACUGCCUCCACAAGCGAUCAGACCCGUCCGACUUUUGAGAGUAUGGACCACCAGCACAUGUUUACAUUUCCGCCCGGAUAUGGCCAGUUCGCUCUGGGGAUUCUUGGCGAGAAUUUCGACCUCCGAGCGGGGCUGCCGGCAGAAGAUAACCGCGAGACAGAGAACCGGCGGGAACGGGAGAUAGCGUCACGGCAACGGUACAGCGCCCGGCAACCACAGGGACGACACAUGCAACGGCGACCGGGACAGAGAUACGAGGGAGUGCCCACAUUAGAGGGAAUCCUCCAGCAGCUAGUGAAUGGAAUCAUAGCACCCACAGCCAUGCCGAACAUUGGAAUGGGACCAUGGGGCAUGCUACACUCAAAUCCAAUGGACUACGCUUGGGGUGCCAAUGGACUUGAUUCUAUCAUUACCCAGUUAUUGAAUCAGUUUGAGAACACGGGUCCUCCUCCUGCUGAUAGAGAGAGGAUAAAGAGCCUGCCCAGCAUCCAGAUCACAGAGGAACAUGUGGGUUCCAGUUUAGAAUGUUCCGUGUGCAAGGAAGACUACAGUGUAGGGGAGACUGUCAGGCAACUUCCGUGCAAUCACCUGUUUCACAAUGACUGUAUAGUACCAUGGCUGGAACAGCACGACACAUGUCCAGUGUGCAGAAAGAGCCUCAGUGGACAGAACACAGCCACGGACCCCCCGGGACUUUCAGGAAUGAACUCCUCCCCUUCCUCCUCCUCGUCAUCCUCCUCCAGCUCCCCAAGUAAUGAGAACGCUGCCAAUAACUCCUAGACCUCCAUCACACCUCCUGCACACAACCAACACCUCACCCCAGACUUUCACCGCUACUCUACCACUGGCUCAGGAGAGUCAGGAGGGCUGCCCUUCUCAGUGCUCUCUGUAAGGCCCAUUGGGAGAAGCUGCUGGGGAGAUGACUCUACUCUGGAGGUGAAACAAUAAACACAAAAUGGACUAUGAGACAUUAUUUUUAUUUUAUUUUAUUGUGAACUUUGAACACACAAUCAUUCCUGCCCAUGUGUGGACUGAAGUGGACGCAUGCACCAGUAUUGUUGCGAUGCUUCUGUAAAAGGAGAGAGUGAAGAUGUGCAAUGAAACUGGAGAAGGAUCCGAACAGGCUGUGGUGUAUAAUAGUAUCUACAGAAGAACUGGAGAGAAGUACUUUUGAACCGGAGUGGACUGCGACUUGACUGAGACAUUGUCAUGUCUUUUUGCAAUAAGAUGGGGACACUUUUUUACUCAACUGUGGUGGUACAGACUUCCAUGCCGAAGGAGAGAGAUAUGUGUACAUAGAGGUAUUCAUAUUUAAGAACAUAAACAAGCAGGUCAGCCACUGUACAGCCAACUGAAUAAUAUCUUACAGAGAGAACUGAGUGUAUGCAUCUGAUUUUAGGAUUAUUUAUUUGCACUUUUGUGUUGCACUACAUUCUGUUUGGUUUCAAGAAUGUGCAUUUUGGGAAACUGCUACUGAACAAAAAUGUUAUUGCAUCUCUGAACUUUUUUAUAAUUAUUUUUAAUGCUCAUAUUGUGAUUCUCACAUUAAAGUCUCAAUUUGUCUGCAUUUUUCCAACAUUUUUGUAUUCUCUAAUUUCUUGUAGACUACUAUCAAAAGUGGCAAACAGAUUCUCACUCAGUUUCCUCAAAUGUCCCAUACAAUGAAUUUCAGGUCAAUGCAUUUUUAUUUACCUAUUCUAUUGUAAGUUAAUGAUUUGGUGGGGUAAAAUAGUAAUAAAACACCAAAACCGGA